AAUUCAAAAUUUUCUUAAACUCAUCAAAAGUAAAAUUCAUACGCAUCAUACGAAUAAUUAAAGCAAAAUGUCUACACAAAAUAUUUGAGCAUGCAGUGGAAAAUUUAAUAAACUACAUACAUUACCUACCUAUUAUUUUAUAUUUUGUCUACAUCAACAUCAACGAUUAACGAAAAGCCAGCAACAAACGGUGAACCACAAGCAAAGCAACCAGUCAUUCAGCCAACGACCAUCGACUUUCAUCGCAAUUCGCUCUCUUCUCAUUAUGUUGCGUCGCAACAAAGCAAAAAAAAUCUGAGGGGCAUCGGUAUUAGUCGGUGACUGUUGUGUCGGAACAGUAGUAGCAGUGUUGGUGCUACCCUUCAUCAUCAACAGUGAACAAGAAAACAGAAAAAAAUAUACUAAAUAAAACAAAAAAAUAAUAAAAGUGUUCAUAGUCGCGCGCGCCGCUGUUCUUUCUAUCUAUCGUAACGUCACCGGUUCUCACAUUGUGCACCACUCGUCUGCUCGUUUGUUGGCCGCUUACUCGUUCGCACGUUUACGACCGAAAUAAAUUUAAAAGCGAAAGAAUAAGUGUAUGUGAGACAAAGAUAAAUAGUGGAAAAGAAAUAAAACAGUAACAGUAGUGCAACAAGGGCACUUCCUAAUUCCUACCUGUACGUCAGACCGUUAUAACGUGUGCAUGUGUGUAUGUGCUUUGCGAGUUUAUCAAUUCGCUUUCGCAUAGUAUGCGAUACACGGUAGUUGAUGAAAGCAUAACCAAAAGUUAUAAACGGCAAAAUAACGAUAGCACUAUAUAAUUUAUAUGAAUGUAAGAGUAACUGAGCAAACGACACAGUAAUGACGUAGGUACGUUAGAGAAAAUAAAGCAAAAAUAUCGUUUAGUUAUUCAAAAUACAGAAGCUACGAAGCUUUUGUCUUGCGUGGUGCUGCUGUGUAGUUCUCAUUUAAUUGAAAUUUUUGCUGAGACGCAAAUUGCUUAUUAUCAACGAUAAUUGAGAAAAUGAGGAGCUGUUGUGUUAAAAAAAUACAUGAACUAUGACGCAUCAAAAUCAUCAGACCAACGGCGCUAGUUUGGAGGAUUGCCAUACAAACUUCUUUGCCCUGACUGAUUUAUGCGGAAUUAAAUGGCGUAAGUUCGUAAACAGCGAACGAGUAAAUGCGUCAAGUGAUCCAUUAGAUGAUCCCAUCCUGCGCUCCUAUUCACGAUGUAUGCAAGCUGACAUUCUAUGUGUGUGGCGCCGCAUACCGUCCACCAAGCAGGAUAAUUCGGAUUUAAAUCCGAUUUUUGAGAUUAGCACAUCGAAAGUUCAUCCACCACUUUCGUUAGCCGCCGCCAAAGAAUUAUGGAUAUUUUGGUAUGGCGAAGAACCAGACCUUAGUGAAUUGGUGGAUGCGGAAUUGUUGAAAGUUGCCGCAAAUCAAGCACUUUGGAAUGGAACAUGGGAACGAGGUCUUACCUACGAGUGCCGCUCACUAUUAUUCAAAGCUUUGCACAAUUUAAUGGAGCGGUUCGUGUUGACCAAAGAUAUUGUGCGUUUUGGUAAAUGGUUUGUUCAACCGUGUACUUCCAAUGAUCGACUCUUUGGCCGAAGUUCUCAGCACCUUUCAUUCUCGUUUACGUUCUUUGUGCACGGCGACACGGUAUGCGCAUCGAUCGAUUUGAGGGAACACCCUGCGGUGCGGCCCUUAUCAAAGGAGCAUUUAACUGAAGCAGCGGCGGCUUUUGCUGCCGCUGGUAAUUCGCAAACACUGUCGCAAUCUCAUGAACAUGGCAAUGUAACGAAUUUGCCAGAAGAUGUGGCAAGUCCACACAGCCCCAAUAGUGGCGGGGCUGUGGGAGACGGUGGCACCAACUCAAACUCUCCGAAUUCCUCCACUACACCCAAGCCGCGACGAGUAAUACUAGCGCCAUUUGGUAUGGCGGCAACACUAACCGGCAAUAGUUUUAAAGCUACAGAUCCAAUGGCCGAGAAGAUCUUAGAAGAUUGGGCAUCAUUUUUCCCACUGUGCAAUAAGGAAAACUCUGAUGUGCCACCGGUGGUUGAAGUUGUGUCGGGCGGACAUAAAAUGUAUCAUCCCUCAAUUUAUGUACUAGUCACUGAUUUGGAUGACAUGGAGGAAAUGGAAGCGGCUGCGUCGCAAAAGGGCUCAUUGGGCACAACAUCUUCGGCGGAGGCUGCCGCACUGGCGGCUAUUUCAUCUGCGAAUACAAAUGAAUUUACAGGCAACAGCCGAAAGUCCACAUCAACGCAACAACCCGCUAGCUUGCAACAACAACAACUGCAACAGCAAAUGCACACUGUCACUACUGUAACAACAGUUGCCACAUCGUGCAGUCAAGCAAACAGCAGUGGGGUUGGCGGAAGUAAUGGCAUUAACAGCAAUAGCAGUAUUGCAAUGGUUGAGCAACAUUUGCAUGAACUGUCAGCAAGAGCGCAACCCUACUAUGACACCACGGCGAGCAGUUUUACUAGCAACACAACUAAUACUCACGCCUCACCACAGGCGGCUACCGAAAUGCCAGAGCGCGUAUGGCAGGAUUGCAUAACGAAUACGUUGCAUGUGACAUAUGCGGCCAGCGUUGCUGCCACAGCAAUGAGUACUGGCGCCACAACCGCUCAAAUAACUUGUUCAUCCCUCUCUACUACCACCGGCGGAGUAACAACCACAACUGCCACAGGCAGUGGUACAGUAGGUGGCGAGGAUUGCAAUUCCACCAGUGGUAAUAAUGGCAACAACGACAACAAUGCCGGCAGCGUUGGCGGUGCUGGCAACAGUAGUGGCGGUUGUAGUUCCAUGGACACGCAAAAUACCAACACAAAAAUUGGCGACGCCAAUGAAGUGGAGGCCAAGCUACGCAUGCAGCAAAUGCAAUUUUGGGGAUUUGUUGAUCCAACGGAAAAGACACCCUGUUCAUGCACAAACAGCAAAAAAACUGCAGCUUCUACUACUUCUUUGUCAAUGACAUCCCCUAUAUAUAGUGUUUCCGGGCCGGCUUCGUCAGUGCGUCUGAGCAACAGCAUGAUGAUGGCAUUGGGUGGCAAAAUGCACACCGGCUCGACGGGAUGCGGCAGCGGCAGCAGCAGCAGCAACAGCUACAGCUACAACAAUAGCCACCAACAACAGCAACAAUAUCGUACUGCUACACCAACAACAUUCUUUUCGUCGCCAUCAACGGCAACGGCAACAGCGUCAUCGUCUUCGUCUGUAUACCACAGCAAUGUAAAAAGUAUUACAUCUCGCACAACAGUGUGUAUUCCAUUCCAUCGGCGACAACAAUAUGACUUAUACAGCACCGAUAACAGCAUCACUACUGGCGGCGGCGGCGGCAGUAACUAUUUGAAUACAAAUCUAUGCAAUUCGCUAUUGCGGUGUCGUAGCGAAAGCGUUGGCGGUGUUGGCGGUGGCGUUUGCUUUGACGCCGUUGACGGUGCAGUGGACACAGUAGACGCUGCCGCAGCUGCUGCUUCCAAUGGCAUCACUACUAUGCAUUAUCAAACUUCAGACACCAUACCAAAGCAAAGAACUUUGAAUCCCGCAUCGAUGACGCCGCACGACACACCGCACGGCGGCGCUUCAACUUAUUCGCGCAACUCUGUGGGCGACUUGAUGCCUGUGCCCUCGGUGGGUUCGCCUGGCACACCCGCACAAUCGCCUCAUCCGAACUCAACGCUAUCACAGCCAACGUCUGUACCACCAGCCGAUCAAUUGUUAACAAUGAGCCCACGUGCACCACCAUCCGUACCGAAUUUGCAACAACCACCAACACCGAUUGAUCAUCUAUUGGACAAGAAUACACCGGCACCCACACCCACCGAUCAGCACGAUAAUAAAAGCAUCACUACAUCGCCUUAUGUGCGGCCUACGCCAAGCGUAGAGCCGCCACCCUCUGUUGAGGCGGGUAAUGGUGGCGGUGGCGUGACUGGCGUGGGACCAAAUGGACCUGGCAGCGUGCCACAACCACCAAGUGUCGGGCGUAGCACUCCGACUAUAAGCGGCCAACAACAGCAGCAACAACAACAACAAGGUUCACAACAGUCACAAGCACAAAUUAUGGGCACGGGCACAACGGGUUCGGCUGGUCCCCAAUGUGGCACUAUAAGCAUUAAGAAAUUCGAGAUACAACAACCGUCAUUGAGCACACUAAGUGCUGAUCAAAUUAAAACCGAACCGGGUUAUGCGCCGACACCAUUGUCGGGUAGCGGUAGUCGAAAUGGUCUGCCAGUAGUUUCCACGUCGUCUGCCAUAUCGGCGGCAGAUGCGAUCAACGAUUAUUGGAAAUCGUUUAAGAUGCCAGAAAUAAAAGUAAAGGAUAUCGAUAGUUUCGCCAAUGAUGACUGCUCAAAAUAUAAUGUACUGUAUGAUUUCACGUAUCAGAAUGCUUGGGCGAAUCAUCCAAUGAAACGUUUCAAGCUCAACGAUGUGACCAAACCGUGUCGCAGCAUGUGUACCAAAAAUCUCUACGAAGGUCAUACUCACUCGAAACCGCUUAUGCCGUCACCGGGCUCGAUAUAUGGUUCGCAGCUACUCUCUAUAGAUGCCUCCCUCAAUUCGCUAACUAGUUCCGCCAUGAACGCAGCGUCUGCGAGUGGUAGUAGCAGUGGUGGUUUGGUGGGCAUAGCCGCGCAUUGUGGCAAUUUGACAAAUAUCAAGGAGGAAAAUGUGGGUAGUGAUGGCAAUGGUAAUGGCGGCGGUUAUUUCCGCGGGCUCGACAUACAAACUACAGAUGCGCUACAGGGUACAGCUUCGCCUUGCAAAGAUGGCAAAAGCAGUGCCAGUGGUGAUCUGUAUACCGCUGAAGGCCUAAAUCCAACAAUGAACGAUCUUGAGCAGCUGUUUGAGACAUCAAACGAUGGCUGCGGCAGCGUGCAAAUACAUACACCGCCCGACUCGAACAACCCAUCCAAUGGCUCUACCGCAACGACCACAAUUGACGAUCUUAAGCGCAGCACUGCAGUUGCUGCUGCUGUGAACGCCAGUGCUGUCGCAAUCGCUGCGUUGCAAAACUGCACAAAUACACCGAAUGCUUCGAAUAGUAUAGGUAAUAAUGGUAGCAGUAAUGGAGGCGGUAACGGCGGUUCCAGUAUGGCGGAAGAUCUGACUAAGAUGUUUCCUACACCACCAUCACAUGAACAGCACCAUCCUAAUUCCAGCCCGUGCCAAAUGGACAUCCAAAUGACGGAUCUCAGUGUAAUUACUGCAGCAACCGCAAUAUCGGGGGGCUUGGAUGCCGGUAUGGGCGGUAUGAUUAAAAUCAAACAAGAAUAUUUUGCCGAACUGGGUAGCCCCGUUGAAGAGCCAAUUGAAGAUUGGUCAUAUGUUUAUCGGCCGCCAAAGCGUGCAAAGUUUGUGGGCUCAUCCAAAUACGCGCCUCUAACAAACCUACCUAGUCAAACGCUGCCGCCACUGGCGUUACCAACAAAUUGCACCUAUAAACCAUCAUGGACAACACAGAAAUCACGUGCUGUGGUCGCUGCUCAAGCUGCGGCAGCACAACAGCAGCAACAACAACAGUUACAGCAACUGCAACAACAACAUCAACAACUACACGAACUACUCUCAGCAGCGCCGCGCACACCACUACAGCAACCGCGCACACCCUUGGGCCCCAUACCAUCACCAAUGCACUCCAACACGGUGCCCACACCGUUGAGCAGUGGUGGUGGUGGCGUCGGCAGUGGAAAUAAUCUUCUGCUGAAUCAACUUAACUGUCCGCAGGCAGCACUCACAAAUACGCCCGGCAGCACGAGUAUGCAGCAAAUGAUGCAACGGGCCGGCAUGUCACCGAUAUCACCAUCACCCGCCUCGGUGGUACCGUUUCCCAUGAUGCAACCACAACGGCAUCCACCGCCACCUUAUGAAAUGGCUGUGGCCAGUCCAGCCACCUCAACAUCCUCGUAUUUGAAUAAACAGUAUCAUUCGCAGGAGCAUCCUCCAACACCGCAAAGCGUUGGUAUGCCUUCAACACAUCUUCCUAGACCGCUAAGCGCAGCGGGUAAUCUGCCAUCAACCGGUGUUGCGACUGGCGCCGUGGUGGCGCGUGAGUUGCCCGAAGUUAGCUCUUUGAUCGUGAAUAUUCUGCUAUAUGACACAGCGUUGAAUGUCUUUCGAGAUCACAAUUUCGAUAGCAGCACCGUUUGUGUGUGUAAUGCGGAUUCUCAGAAAGUGGGUAACAUACGUGGUGCAGAUUCAGGUGUUUACGUGCCUCUGCCAGGUGGAAGCUUUAAUCCAUUACCGCCUUCUUCAAAUGCAAGCGGGAACCCAGCUGUUGCCGGCAUCAGCGGAAAUAGCGGUAGUGGUGGUGGGGGAGCUGCCGCAGGAAGUAUGCGCCUGUUAAGUGCCUUUGGCGGUGGCAGUGCUUUGGAUUCACCAGCAUCGCUGCCAGGAACAUCGGGGCACACGGGUUCAGGUUCAUCUUCAUCUUCGAACACACCUGCCAGCAAUCAACAUAUUACGGGGUACGUGGACGACGAUCCGGUAGAUUGUACCUGCGGUUUUAGUGCUGUAGUCAAUAGGCGACUUGCAUUUCGAGCUGGUCUCUUUUACGAGGAUGAGAUGGAGAUAACGGGUGUUGCCGAAGAUCCCGCCCGUAACAAGAAACAGUCAUUACCUUCCCUGAUAGCAAAUUUGGCGGCUGCUCUCACGCCAACUGCUGUGAAAUUGACGUCCUCUCUAGCCAUUAAGGGCGCUAACACAUUGUUACCUGCACAAGCAGACAAGGCUAACCACGUACAGCCCGAUGCGCAAGCACUCCAACAUGCGCACGUCAUCUUUGAUUUAUUACUUGAACAAUGUUCCAUCAUACAAACGUCUAGCAGUGCAGUACACCGAGCUUUACAACGUCACCGACAUCGUUUAGCUCGACAAAGCCGACAACCACAAUCGGUGGCUGCCAUUUCCAAUGUGUUAGAAUUCGUCGACGCGAACGAUGUAAUAUGUUUGGCACUUGAGCAGGCGAGAUUAGCUUUCGAAAGUAACCGUAUGGAUGUGAAUGAAUUUUCCAGCCAAAACCAGCUCUCACCUUUCGACCCUAGCCGUCCUGGCGCGGCCAAACGGAAUCAUCAACUCUUUGGUGGCAGACUAACAGUGCAUAAGUGGCCGUACAUUCCAGUUGGAUUUUCACGCAGUAACAAAGAGAUUGUGCGCACCAUGAACUUCAUACAACCCAUGUUGCAAAAUGCAUUCCAUUCGAAAUCUCGCAGUGCGGCGGGCAGCAAAGAUGCUACUUACACAGUAAGCGGACCAUUGACCUGGCGACAGUUCCAUCGCUUGGCUGGACGUGCUUCUGGACAAUGCGAACCACAACCGAUACCAUCGGUGAUAGUUGGACAUGACAAGGAUUGGGUUUCAGUAGCACCACUAGCCAUACACUAUUGGGACAAACUUCUGCUGGAACCCUAUGCGUAUGCGCGUGAUAUUGUGUAUCUGGUUGUGUGUCCGGAAACUGAUUUUGUGGUGCAGAAUACGCGAACAUAUUUCAGAGAAUUGAGUUCUACGUAUGAAAUGUGUAAGUUGGGUCGUCAUACGCCCAUUCGCGGUUGGGAUGGUUUGUUGACGGUGGGUCCACGUUCGCCCACAGAUAAUACACCAAAUAGCACACCACUGGACGAUUGGUUGCGCACCUUAGAUAAUACCGCUAUAGCCGAAAAAAUACGAUUGUAUGCGAGCGCGUUUCAUAACCAAAUAGCGCCGUACCUCAAUCGUGUGCCCGGCGACAAGACGUUGCUUAAUCCACCUGAGAAUAGCAGUUGUCAACCGGGAGCAGGACGCGAACGUGGCACCACUAGUCCAAUGGGCAGCAUGAGUUCGAUACACAGUUCGGUGAGUGGUGUUGAUCAAGACAAAACGCAUACAUCGCCCAAGAUCGAGGGCAUGGAUCAACAGCAGCAGCAACAACAACUCCAACAUCAGCAGUUGCAACAUCAACAGCAACAACAACAGAAUUCCUCCGAAUCGAUCGACAUGAAGCCAGACAUCAAACCCGACACAAAACCACCAAUUGUACUAAGCGAUCCUUUGGGUAUGGGUGAAACAAUGGAAGAUAUAAACCCACCGGCAAUUGUGCUCUACGUAGUUGAACCUUUCACAUUCGGUUCCGACUCACCAGAAUUGGAGCGUUUAGCUUGUAUAGCCUUGUUGCGUUGCUAUGCUGAGCUAUUAAAGUCCAUACCGGAUUCGGUACGUGCAAAUAUCAAUAUUCAAAUCAUAUCGUUGGAAUCGAUAGUUGAAUUGGGACGAUCGCGUACACGAAAACGUUUCUCCGACGAAAUUCGUUGCUUGGCGUUGAACAUAUUCUCGCAGUGUCGUCGACAUAUGGUGCACACGCAGGCCGUGAAGAGUCUGACCGGUUUCGGCACAGCCGCCAAUAUGGAAGCAUUCCUAAAGAGCAAAGACGACAAGAAUCGACAACCAUACAAAAUGUACACACCGCCGUAUGUAUUGGCGCCAAUGCAUGAGAAAAAUGACAAGACAGACUUCUCCCGCCAAUCAUCCAGUAUGCGCGCACUGAACGAGCAAAAGUAUUCAGUCAUGUAUUGCAACUAUUGUCUGAGUGAAGAUCAGAGUUGGUUGCUCGCGACCGUGACCGAUGAUCGUGGUGAGAUGUUUGAAAAGAUCAUCAUCAAUAUAGAUGUACCGAAUCGUGCGCGCAGACGUAAGGCACCGGCGCGACGUGUGGGACUCAAGAAGCUGAUGGACUUCAUAAUGGGUUUGAUCUCACAGACAGCGCAUCAUUGGCGGUUGGUUGUGGGCCGUAUUGGACGCAUCGGUCACAGCGAACUAAAAUCAUGGAGUUCUUUGUUGAGUAAACAAAAUCUACAGAAAGCUUCCAAGCAACUAAAGGAUAUUUGUAAGCAAUGUUCCUUCAUGUAUCCACCUGGUAUACUCAGCGCCUGCUUGGUGACGUUGGAGCCAGAUUCAAAACUGCGCGUAAUGCCUGACCAAUUCACACCGGAUGAGCGGUUUUCGCAGAUUUCCAUGCAGAACCCGCUAUCCACUCCACAAGAUGUAACAUGCACACACAUACUAGUAUUCCCGACAAGUGCCGUUUGCUUGUCAUUUACACGUCAAUUUCAAAAUGAGCCACAAGUAGAUUUGGAAAAUGAUAUCAUAUUCGAUGAUGAUGACGAAAAUGGCGGCUUCACUGAUGCUGAGCUCAUGGGUGAUCUGCUCGAUUGGGAUCCUCAACCUGGUCGCUUAUCGAAUCACUGCAGUCCCGAUCGCAUGGAAGAUAAUCGCAGCUGGCCAAGUGCCGGUGGCAAUAACUUCAACUCGGCACAGCAACAGGAUGUUGAAGAGGUGGGCUCAAUAAAUCAGCAACCGCUAGCCGUGGGCUACAUGGUUUCUACAGCGCCAACUGGACGCAUGCCUUCCUGGUUUUGGGCAGCUUGCCCGCAUUUGGAAGAUGUUUGUCCUGUAUUCUUGAAAACGGCAUUGCACCUCCACGUGCCAAACAUACAGACCGCCGACGAUAUACUUAACUCGACAAAUGCGCAUUCGUCAGCCAUAGAUCAUCCACUGGAUUCCUCACUCACUGCCGAUGUAUUGCGUUUCGUGUUGGAGGGUUACAAUGCCUUAUCCUGGUUGGCAUUGGACUCCAACACACACGAUCGUCUCUCGUGUUUGCCAAUUAAUGUGCAAAUGCUUAUGGAUCUGUACUAUCUGACAGCAGCGAUUAUGUAAAAGCUACAAUUUAAGCAAACAAAAACCCACGUCAGAUUGUAUAUAUAUAUAUAAAAUAUAUAUAGAAAAAGUGUCGUCAAUUGUGUAUUGUAAUAUAUAUAUGCGCUAAGUAGUUAAUAUGCGAGGAAAUGAGUUAAUGUGCAGUAUUUUUAUACGAUAAAUGUGCAAGAUGUCGAUAAUGCGUAUUCAAUAAUGAUUGUUGCAAUUUUAGGUAUUUUAUUAGUUUAAAUUAAAGUGAACAAAAACUAAACAAAACAAACAACAAGCAUUCUAAACAAAUUGGUCGUUGCAAUUGCGUGUGUUUCGAGUCUAAUUUUGUGUGUUUUAUAUAUUUAUUAUAAUAAUGUUUGAUAGUUUAUACUUUUGUGAUAUAAAGUUGAGGUUAAGAACCGAAAUCAAAUAAUUUCAUACAUACACUUCCAUAUGCACACAUGUAACUGCAAAUACUUCAAUAUUUGAUAUGAAUUUCGUCAUAAUACAUACAUAUACCCAAUGUGCCGUUCAAUAUGCAAAGAAACGAUUUUCGAUACUUAUAACCGUCGAACGUUCUAAACGGUGUAAGCAUUUGUGUGCUUCCGUUUGCCAAACUUCCAGACUCCAAUUUGCUCUUACAAGUCUACGCCAUUUAUUUAUUAUUAUUAUUUUUUUUGUCAUACUAGGCAAGUUUUUGGCAUAUUAUUAUUUUA